AUGGCCAAAAAUUCCCGCAAAACAAUAGGUCCACUCGUGUCGACAAUACCCGUACCGCCGCCGCGUUCGUCAUCACGUAUUAAUCCUAUAGUUUUGACAUCAUUUCCAGUCCGGCCGCCGACCUCUGCGAUCAGGUCUAACUCAGAGCCCUCUGCCUAUAGGUCCCGAUCGACACCACCGGAAGGUAUGAUAGAUGGCGAGGACAUACAGGUGCCGCCCUCGUCGUCCAUCUCGUCGCUGUCAUCCGUCGGCAGUCAGGGCUCAGUAGUGGAGAAACGGUUCGCUCAAUCGCGUCAGGAACUGCUGGAACAGAGACACCAGGAGUUGCUUAGAAAACAGCGACAACUUCAGGAACAGUACACACGACUGCAGCAGUUGAGCAGAGGUCAGAUCCCACGCGGACUACUCAACGAUCUGAAAAAGACCGGUUCCGAGAGUAAUAUCGUGUCGAAGACGUCGUUUAAUAUGUCGGCAGUUCACGGCUCGCUCCGGGAUUUGGCCAAAACACCCGUCGCUUCCAAUGGCGUGACGGACGCCAACAAUCAAAAGAUCUUCGAAACCGAUAUACUCUAAGAGAUGAUCGCAAAUGAGAUUUUUUCUCCCUUUUUCUAAACAUUCAUUGUUUUUAUUAUUAUUA